AUGGCCACCGCGAUCUCCAAACCCACCUCUCACCCUCCCAAGAUGAAGCGGCCGCCCCCGCCUUUCCAGCCCGGGGUCAACGGGGUCAAAUCCCAACAUCCCUCUGCCUCCCCUCAGUCUGCCUCCAAGCGUAUCCCCGGUUCCAACCAAGCGUCUGCCACGGCGGGCUCUACCGGCGGUCCAGUCACCAAUGGCUCUGUCGAUACCGCACACGGCGCCCCGGUCAAGGGUUCCGUGAAUCGGUCUAAGAAGGAUGCGCAAAAGGCGGCCGACCAGUCAACCCGGCCGCAGAAGGCGCUGUCAAGGCAGCUGUCUACGGAUAAUGAUCGGUACCUAGGGAAGUCAUCUCCUGGCCCAUUCGUGAGAACGACCUCCUAUAUCCUGAAGAAGUUCGCCAAGUCGCCUCCCUCUCUUACUGUACACCUACAUCCGACCCAUUUCCGCUUUGAACAGCAGGAUGGGAGCUUUCCUUACAACUCCGAGAUGAAGGUCAUCAUUGAGCAUAUCCGCGCCGGCACGGUUCCCCACGAUAUGAUGGAGGAGUUGCUGCGCGGGAACGUGCGGUUCUAUGAUGGUUGUCUCAUCGUCCGCGUCGUCGAUCAUAAGUCGGUGUCAGCACAGACCAGAAAGUCGACCGCUCCAUCAACGAAUGAAAGCAACACCCCAUUCUCGAUACAUAAUUACAACGAACAUGUCACACCGUCGGCAUUUGUGCCGUACCCCAAACUAAGCCAGCUGACGCCGGAAAAGCCCUCGAAGGAGACACCGACGGGCGGCCAGUCGGAUGUCACUGCGGAGGGGGAUCAGUCUAACGUCUCUCCGAAUCAGAAAAAGGCAGAUGAGCCAAACACCCCUCGUCAGAAAACAUCGCCCUCGAAACCCCGUGUCUUCACUACCGUCCUCCACCCCACCCCUCGCUCGCUUCAGGCAGAGCUCACUCUGCUUGCGACCACUCCCGACCCCAAAGCUCCCAAGCCGUCAGCGGGGAAUUCGUCGACAUCUCGUACUCCCGCGGCAACAAAUUCUACGGCUCCGCCGUCCCCCGGAGGAUCGUCAAACCAAACCGAUCGCGGCCCCAAAAGACAGAAAAUGAUGCUGGAACCGCAGGAGCUCCCGGAAUGCGAGGCCCAGCUGACUGGACUGACAGCUCCGCCGCUAUUCCUCGACCCGGUUGGAAGCUUAGAGGCUGUUCAAGAUCUGCUGAAAUACAUGGAAAGCCCACUUCACAACAACCCGCCACCGUCGCCCAAGAGGCGGAAGCGUACCGUGGCCGAGCUUGCCGCGGACGAGGCUCUCGCGGCUGAGGAAGAACGGUUCAUGCUCAUCAUGGAUGAACGAUUGGAGCCGGCCUCCUCGAAUGGCUCAGGCGGCCCCAAAUCUGCGGUCGUGGACGACACGGGUGGUGGUGCGCCUUUCGAACCGCGCUUCUCGCGCUUUAAGACGCUCGAGAACAUUCGCAUGCAACAUGAAGACAAGGCGAAACGAGACCACGAAAUCAAGAUGAAGCAGGAGAUGGCGAAGCGACAGCAGCAGGAGCAAGAGCGCGAGAGGCGCCGUGCUCUGGAACAGCGACAGGCCGACGAACAGGCCAAGGAGGAUGCCCGCCGACAACAUCUGGCCGCGCAGCAACAGGCCCAGGCACAGCUGGCGGCACAACAGCAGAACCGACACGUCAUGGCCCAGGCCAACGGGGUUAGUCAGGCGCCGCAGUCGUCGCCCGUGGUUCGCAACCAAACUCCACUCAAUACCUCGUCGCCGUUAGUCGGAAAUACUAUGGGUACGCAGGCCGGUGUUCCGAUGAGUAUGACGUCCUCUAUGCAGGGUGCCGGAAGUCCUCCACGGCCGCCGUCCGCGUUGCAGCAUGCCCACCCCAACGUCAUGAGCCAUCCGAUGGCGCCUUCCAGGAGUCAGCAAGGUCAAAGCCGGCAUGGCACGCCCCAGAUGACCCAGGGGACGCCUGCCAUGUCGCACGCAACCCCGAUCAUGCGCAACGUCACUCCCACGCAGCGCAUGAGCCACGCCAGUCCGAACCGGUCAACAAUGGCGCCUACUCCGGUGAUGAACCAGGCCAUGGUGGGAACUCCGCAGAUGAAUAAUGGCUUGGGCUUAACGCCUCAUCAACAGCAGAUGUUGAUGCAGCAGAGACAGCAGCUAUUGGCGCAGCAGAACCAUCUCGGCCAUACCCAGCUCACACCGCAACAGAUUGCUCAGUUGCAGGCCAAUGUCCAUGCACAGCAAAAUAUUCAAACGCACCAGCAGCAGAUGUUGCAAGCUCAGCAAAAUCACCAGCAACAGCAGCAGCCCAAGAUUGCUGGCCCUCAAGCAUACCAGUCGCAGCUAAUGCGUGCUCAACUUGCUCAGAUGCAAAUGGCUCAGCAGCAGCAACAACAGCAGCAGCAGCAGCAACAGGCCCAGCCACAACAGCCGCAACAGCAACAGCAACCGUCCCAAGGGCAACAACAAUCACAGGGACAACAAGGCCAGAUGCACCAAGGUGCUCCUCAAAUGAGCUCUCAACAGCAACAGAUGCUAAUGGCAGCGGCCCAAGCCAACGGCGGGCAUAUUCCACAGAAUAUGCAGGGGGUCAACAUGGCGCAGGGGGCCAUCGCCCAACGAUACACCAGUCUCUAUCAGCAGCGCUUGCUGCGCUUGAGGCAAGAAAUGGCCAACCGUAUGAUGCCCGAAUAUGGGCCGCCCACCCAGUAUCCGCCCCAUCUGGCCCAGCAGUAUCAUGGCGGACUUGAGCGGAGUGCCAAAGCCUGGAUUCAUGAUGUCAUUCGGCGGGAGAAGGAACUUGCUCAGCAACAGCGCGCUUCCCAGGUUGCUGCCGUGCAAGCUCAAGUGAUGCAGCAACAGCAGCAACAGAACAUGAUGCAGAAUGGAAUGGGCAAGUAG